GUGGAGCUUAUAACUGUCAGGGCUGUAAAAUUAGAUGUAUUUACUGUAAUCAGUGUAAAUAAAAGUGUAUGUUAUUGGAGUGAAGGGCCUGUGCACCAGCUGUCCUGGUUUAUAUACAUGUAUGUGCCUGCUGAACAGAGAACUACUUGAAUUCACUACACAAAUGUAAGGAUUGUGUGCAUUCCAUCACAGAUCCUUGUGAGGCAUUCUCGUUGGAAAUACUUUCUUGCGGUGUUGGAGAGCUCAUUGCUAUUGUGUUUUAAUCUGUUUGGUGUGUGCGUGUUCUUACUACAGAUUCUAGGUAUUACUUAAGGGGCAGCUGCAUAGUAAGCUGUAAAUGACAGGUGAAAAAACUAGUAUUUCUGAGAUAUGUCUGCAGGUAUUUGAUCCAUGUCAUCUUUGAGUGCACAUCCUUGGAUCACUGACUGGUGUACAUGCGACUGUGUGGUUGUAUUGUUGGAGAACAGCCUCGCUCAAGCAAUUGUAGAGGAGGAAGUGUAAAUAUGUAAUGAAGAAAUAGGUAUUUUUAUAUACUACAUGUAGCUGAAGUGGUGGUAUACAUUUAAAAACUGAAUUUGGAAAUUACUGUGUUCUUAAUAUAUAUUAUUGCUGCCAUUUAAAAGUCCCCUGUCAUAUAGUAACAGCAUGAUAUAGAAAUAACAAUUUGGAUAAUACAAGAAACCUUCCCUACAAUUAAAAGUAUAUGUGUAUGUAAGUUCAAAUAAUGUGUUACUGUAAGAAGCUGGGGUCCGUCAUCUGAUGCAGACAUCACAGUUGUGACAGCCAGAAAGGAGGCCUUAAAUUGCGCAGUAGUUCAUACUAAUACUGUUUACCACCAGCUUCUCAUUGCUGCAUGGUUUCGGUAAACGGAUGCAAGGAUGUGCCCGGCGCACCAGCGAGUGCCUCACAUUGGAGCCAUCCGACAUGAUCGCAAUUGACUACCCUGAUAUCCAGGUGAUGAAAUCGGGGCCACGUCUUCCUUGCUCUCGUGGAAACCUUGAACGUCUGCUUGCACUUGACACUCAACAAGAUAUUUGUAUUCGUAGAAUGAACUCGGACAGUAUCAUUGACCAGCGGUCAUCAGAUAUACCUGGACUGCCACCUUUAUACCAUGGUGACCAGUACAUUCGAAAUGAGCAGUUGUUCAAACGCUGUUCCCGUGCUAGUGACACAUCCAGUGCCUAUUCUGGAUCGGACAUGAUGCAGUCCUCGAUUGAUGACCAAGAUGUGGCUGACAUGGAUUACACUGGUCUGGUGGAGAGUUUUGUUGACUCUGAUGAAGAGGAAGGUUAUGCUGAAUCCACCGAGUCGUUGCCUCUGCGUGACACAGUGAGGGAGUGUUUGGAAAAAGAUCUGUCUGAGAGGACCGAAGAUGACAUUGAGACACUACUUGAUUUUAUGCAGCACUUUAGGGCAUUUGCAAAUAUGACUCUUGCCACGAGGAGGGCCCUGACGGCUGUUAUGGUGUUUGCGGUUGUAGAAAAAGCUGGAACAGUUGUUAUGAAGGAUGGAGAGGAGCUGGACUCCUGGUCCGUUAUUCUCAAUGGAGAAGUAGAAAUAACCCGACAGAGUGGGGCGUCUGAGCGGCUAAUUAUGGGUGACAGUUUUGGAAUCACCCCAACUAUGGAGAAGCUGUACCACCACGGUGUUAUGCGGACAUUGGUGGAUGACUGUCAGUUUGUGUGUAUAGCACAACACGACUACUACAGGAUAUUGUCUCAGGGUGAAGAAAAUACUAAAAGACAUAAAGAAGAAGGCCAGGUUGUCAUGGUAACAGAACAUAGAGAUCUAGAUGGAGGCAACAGAAGGGGUCAUAUCCUUAUACGGGGGACACCUGAACGAUUGAUGCUGCAUCUUGUUGAAGAUCAUUCUGCGAUAGACCCCACUUAUGUUGAGGAUUUUCUCCUCACAUAUCGAACAUUUCUAGACAGUCCUCUCAUUCUGGCCAACAAACUGUUGGAAUGGUUUGAACAACCCGGGCAGCGCUCAAAAGUCACUAGAGUUGUUCUGCUGUGGGUGAAUAAUCACUUCAAUGACUUUGAGAUGGAUGCAGCAAUGUGUGAGUUUUUGGAGCACUUUGAAGAGAUGCUGGAAAGGGAGCCUGAGGGUGUAAAUGAGCGGCUGAUGGGUGAGAUGAGGUUGAUGAACAUUGCGUGUGCCGCGAAGGCGCGGGUACGCACGAUCACACUGACACGGGCCACCAGGGAGGAGAUACUUCACUUCCAGAUCCUCGGUGGGCUCGAACGUGGUAGCGGCAUCUUUAUCACAAAAGUGGAGAAUCGGUCGAAAGCUUUUGAUGCUGGACUGAAGCGAGGGGAUCAGAUACUGGAGGUGAAUGGCCAGAACUUCCAACAUAUAUCACAUAACCGUGCACUGGAGAUCCUCCGUGGUGCCACUCAUCUUUCCAUCAUGGUCAAAUCAAACCUUCAUGACUUCAAGGAAAUGCUACUUUCUGCAGAAAAAGGAGCUCCAAGAAAAAUGAAGUCUCAAGAUUUCAUUCAGCCCCCUCCACUAUUAAAACAGAGGUUGUCUGCUCCUAAUCUGGAGGGACAGAUUCCAGUUAUAUGUAAAGACAAAAAAUUAGAAAAGAAAGACAAAGGCUUUAUGAUGUUUGGAAACAAGCCAAGAUUGAAAAAAGCCUUGAUGAAAAUGAAUCUAAUUCCUAAAAAUUUAAAUAAUAGUGAGGGCAACAACAUGAAUCAUUCUGAUGAGAGCCUGUACACAAAGCCAUCACGGAAAUCAUCCACUUCGUCUACCUCGUCGUCGAAUGCUGGUCUGUCAAAUCACUUGAGUGCCAGUAACCCAGAUCUCACUAGCCUCGGGGGUGUGUCGGUAAAUGACCUCAACUUUGAUUUUCCAGAUCAUGUCAUCAAAGUCUACAAGGCCGACCAGUCUUUCAAAUAUCUCCCUAUUCACAAGGAAACUACUGCCAAAGAAGUUGUCAUGCUGGCUUUACAAGAGUUUGGAAUUACUGACCCUAGCUGUAAUUACUCUCUAUGUGAGGUGACCGUGCAGAACGAGAAGGUGAUCAAACAGAAACGACUUCCAGACCAACUACAGAACCUGCAGGAGAGACUCACCCUGAACGGCCGGCGAUCUUGUCCUCGUGUGCUCAGGUAUUACCUCAAGAAUAACCUGACCACGGACACGCUGGUACCCGACGAGCUGAUGGGCGAGCUGCUCAAGGAGAGUCAGAUCAGCAUGCUGCAGCUGAACUCCGGGGAGGUGGCCUCGCAGCUCACACUGGAGGACUUCAAGGCCUUCCGCGACAUGGAGCCCACAGAGUACAUCGAUGACCUCUUUAACCUCAACUCAAAGUUUGGAUGUCCAAAUCAAAAGAAAUUUGCUGAACUUGUCAACCGAGAGAUGUUCUGGGUAGUGACAGAGAUAUGUUCUGAAACCAGUCUAGUCAAACGAUCAAAACUGCUCAAACACUUCAUCAAAAUAGCAAAACACUGCAAAGAUUGCAAGAACUUCAAUUCACUGUUUGCCAUUUUGAGUGGCCUGGGUCACCGGUCUGUGACAAGGUUACACAACACGUGGGACAGGCUGCCUAGUAAAUAUGUGAAAAUGUUUGAGGAUCUUCAGAGCUUGAUGGAUCCAUCUAGGAACAUGGCUAAAUACCGCAGUCUCAUCAACAGUGAACACAUUCAGCCACCAAUGCUUCCAUUUUUUCCACUGAUCAAGAAGGAUCUGACUUUCAUUCACCUUGGUAAUGACUCUAUUGUUGAUGGACUCAUUAACUUUGAAAAACUCAGAAUGAUCGCCAAAGAAAUUCGACACAUAUGCAAUAUGUCUUCAGCACGCUAUGAUGUUAGCAACAUGUUUCUGGGAACGGGUGGAAUCUUUUCCAGUUCAGUUGUAUCAGGUGUUGCCACUCUAAAGCGUACAAAGAAUCGACGAGCAUCCACACUUCCAAAUUUGAAAAAAAUGUAUGAAGAGGCCCAGAUGGUUCGGCGAGUAAAGUCCUAUCUUCAGAACAUGCAGGUCACAACUGACGAGGAGAAACUGAAGGACAUGUCCCAUCGCUGUGAACAACCAGCUCGUCGCCGAGACCCAUCACCAAACGUAAACACAGGAUCACCCAGUCACAAAAUAGAUGAGAAUAAACUGCUGCAGUCUGGACCCAAGUUUGGUUCCGAGUCGCCAGGAGCUGUUCGCAAGAUCAUGGCUUUGACGGACAAAGUUCGUCCUCAUAACCCUAAAAUACCCGUUCCUCCUGUAACUAGCCCCAUUUCGGGUCGACGGGGCCAGACUUCCCCCCGCCAUGGGGCUAGACCACAUCACAUGGUUCACCUGUCACCCGAGAGCUCGUCUGUGAUCAGCCUUAGUAACAUGCAUACAUACAAGCCCAUUCGAACGGCUUCUAUGGGAUCGACAGAUUCGGCCAGUCCAACAUGCAGCACGAAGAGUUACCAGCAGCAGAGUUCCUCCGAGACCGAUUCCGGUCACUGCUUUGACAGCCAGAGCAGCAGCUCUGUGGGUUCAUACAACUCACCGCCCGAACUGAGGAAGACUGGGCUACAAGCAGCUGAUAAAGCGAUGAUGCCGAUGUUUCUUCCAACAGUACACAAUAGCUUCCAGCAUCAUAGCUCGUCCCUGUCACUGGUCCGCGGGCGGCCUUGUCUGCCGUCUUAUCACGCGGUCAUGCAAAACGCAUCAAUGUCCGCUCCAACAGGCCUGUGUCAUGUUCAUCCUUCUGGCUAUAUGAACCCGAGACCUCCUCUCCCAGAUUAUCAAGCAGCAACUCAAAUGGCCCAGCUGGCUAGACAGAAACAGCUGUGGAAGAUGGAUCAUUCACAACCAAAUGAAGCCUACUAUCCAAAAGGCAAUUUUAUUCCUCAAGAAGGAGAAGAUGUUGAUCAAGAGCAAGUCUCAGCUGUUUGAUUAAUGGUUGGUAGUAAUAAUAUUUAAUGGUGCAAUUUUUCAUUGCAAAACUGUGAUAAGAGGCCAGUCCCCACAGUCUGGUUCCCAGUACAGGAGGAGAACUGUUUCAUGACUGGCUGCAUUUCAUAAACUCACUUGCCAUUGAAUGGUUAGGAUGUGUGGACUAAGAAGUGUGAAGACUUAAGAAAGGGAAAUAGUGUCUGUGACAGGAAAUAACAAUUGACUGAACAUUUAGCAAUAAGAGGAGUUUGUGGUAAUGUUUUCAAUAACUAGAGUGUUAUGCAAGUUGUAAAACUGAAGAGAGCAUUACGAAAGCAUUACACAUAACUGGAUGUGAUUGUUAGUGAUUCAUAAUACAUCACUGGAGGAUUUUCUCAUUAAAACUUAUUCACAGUCAGAUUGCUGAUCUCUUGCUUGGAUUGAUGGAGUAACAAACCUGGUGAAUGGUUGUUUGCUUGUAACAUUUGCUAGACGGUGAACAACAUUUUGUACCUUCAGCCACCACUGGCUGGUGUGCUAAAAUAAUACAGUAUGAUGCUUUCUGUUUAUUGACUACAGUUGAUGACAUUAGGAAGCUGAAAGUGGAACACCUCCUGAGUGGAUGUCUGUAAGACAAAACACUGUAAACUGCCAUCACUUACAAGGUAUAAAGGUGCUAUGUACAGUAAAUAGAUGUAGACAUUUUAGAGAAGAAGAGUGCUCACAUUUGCUUUGGUUUUAUCUAUGAAUGAAAUGGCAUCACAAAAACAAGUGCUUUCACACAUCACACAAUUUGAAUGUGUAAGAUACAUUUUUAACAGUGCGCUUUGUUUGAUACAGUAGAUGUUUGGAGUGUUGUUGAAAGCCAAGGAAUCUCAUAUGAAACACUAAAGCCAAUUAUGAUUUAAGCAACAAAUAUAUGGUCUGGUUAACUAUAUUUGUUUUUUAAUAUGACUGAAAUAUACACUGAUACAGUGCUGCGGGCAGGUUCAUAAUAAUAAUAAAGUCUGAUAUCUGUGAUUCUGUGUGGAGAUGCCUGAGGACAGUUACUGCAACACAACACUAAUGAUUUAAAUUCUUUUUUUCUCUCUCUCUCACUCUCUUCUGUGAUUACUUCUCUAAAGAUAAUCUGUUGUACUUCACAGAGAGUGAUGAGUGUGUGACAUAUUUAUUGUCUUACUUGUUUAUCAAAAAUACCUGUUUGUUACUUUUGUUAUCAGUGAAAACAAAUGCUUCCCAGUGUGCAUACGUAGAUGUUUAUCUUGCCAGUGACAAGCAGCCGAUCCUUCAUGAGCACUGGCCACAACGGUUCAGUUAAGCAGAGAUGCAGCAGGGUUUUGGGUCAGGCCUGUGUAUACUACAGUCAAGUAUAUUUUAAUAACAGUAAAUAUGUUGGUUUCAUUUUAAAUGUUUUAUCUUUUUGUUUUAUUGUUAUUUUAAAAGAAAUUUGAAAAAAAUAUCCUUAACAAGUAUGAUUUCUUUCUCAUUUUAACUGUUUUAGUUGUGAUUUAAAAGGCAACCAUCUCAACAUCAUAUCGCAGCUACAUGGUUUAAAGUUGUUUGUGAUCUGCACAAACUGUAUCAGUCUUAAAUUAAGAGUAGGCAUUGUUUUCUUUAAUUAUUUUUUAAAACUAUUUUGUCCCUUGCGUGUGGUCAUGUCCAAAAGAUCUUGAUGGUUGGACUGUUAGGCCUAAAACACACCGGAUCUGGGUCUGGCGAGCAUGGUACCAGUCGAAAAUUAAAUGCACUAAAUCAAAUAUGACAAAACAUAUGGUGCGAACUACAGACCUGGCAACAGAUUACACAGGACAUACUCUACAAAAGGAAUUUAUUAAUCAAUGUCGAUUUCUCAUACUUAUUUUUGGUGUUUAUAGAAGUAAAUUUAUUUGAAGAUAUGAACUCAUUAUUAUAUAUUGAUAACAUGUUACAGCUACAGACACAGACAUCAAAAUACACCAGACAUAGCGUCUUUGCCACACUCGCCAGAUAGCCGUAGCAUAGAUUAAUCUCAGGUUUUUGAUGGAUUCAUUAACUUUUAUGUCAAACAAAAUGAUAACCUAUGACAUGCCAUUAAAACUUAUGUAUGGUACAAGUAUUUAGUUUUUUAUGUUAUUAAGUUACUUUCAAAACAAUAAAACAAUGCUGUUCACUUUAAAAUAAUCCGCAUUAAAAAUCAUUGUGAAAAGUUGUCAUUGGCAUAUUAAUAAUUUUUCUGUCUGACUUAUGCCACAAGAACAUCAACUUGGAUGAAAAUCCAAAACAUACUUUCUGAUUGUGGUUUAUUGUUAUUUUGCAAGGCUGAAGGCCCCAGAUAACUAAACUGCUGCGUAAUUCUUAUAAUGUAACCUGUUACCCACUAUUUUAGCUACUUAACAUUAUCUUUAGUGGAUGAAAAAUAGGCUACCCUGUACAUUGCAAAGACUGUAGCUCUGUCAACAUCAUAAACAAAAUAUUAGCAAUUAAACCAAAUUAGUGGUGUUUAACAAUGGACUAAAUAUUGGUCUCCAAAUUGUAUAAACAGCUUUUCCUUAUAUUUCAGGCAUACUGUGCUUUUUUCAGGUGUGCUGGUACAAAUGUCACGUGUUACAAAAGGUUUUUUUCAUGCACAAAACUGAGAGAAAUGUUUUUUGAAAGGCUUUUUACACAAGAGAUGAAUUAAAAAUUAUUAACCCUUUUCUCACAAACCAUGGUAAGACAUGUGACACCCAAGAUAACAUACGUGACUUAAUGGGUAACACGUGUUAUUCUGGACAAAAUGUGUUUGUCUUGUCCAGAUCUGUAGUGCCAUUAGUACCUCUUAUUGUAGCUAAACUGAUUAGAAUAGAUGAGGUUUUAUUAUUAUUAUUAUUUUUAAUUGAUAUCACAUGAAUGGAAGUUAGAAGAAACAAUGAUGUCAAAAAUGAACGAUAAUCCUGUUAAUUAUGACACUUUAUGAAACCCUGUAUUUUCUGGAUCUAGCAAUGGCAGGUAAUCUGGAAACUAACUGGUUGGGCGGGACUAAUCGAUGCUGAGUGAAUUUGUAUGGACCUACAUGUAUAUUUGAAAAAUCGAAGUAUUGUACAUGUAUGUUGUCUUUGUUGCUUGAGAAGGGGCGGGAUCUAGCUCAGUCGGAAUAGUAAUCGCCUGAGGUUCUUUAGUCGUAGGAUCAAACGCCCUCAGUGGACCUAUCCUCUGAUUGGAUUUUUCCUCCCGUCCCAUCCAGUGCUCCACAACAGGUAUAUCAAAAGUCAUGGUAUGUGCUUUGCUGUCUAUGGGAGUCAAUAUAAAAGAUCCUUUGCUACUAAUGAAAAAAUAUAGUAGGUUUCCACUAAUACUACCAGUGUGUUCUAGUGGUGUUACUAAACAAAACAAACUUUAACUAUCGUUGCUUGAAAAAUUCUCUUAAUGGUUGAUGUCAUGUUUAGAGGUGGUUAGUCAGGAUAUCUGCAAAACGUUGUGCCGUUAAGAGAGAGAUUUCGAUUUAGCGUUGUCUUCCCUGUAACAGAUAAUAUUUCCAUUUGAGAUAUUUUCAGCCAAGAAGGAUUCACCCUUAAACAGUUAUCCACUAACUGGUCUUGUUCGUGUUAAAAUAUUGACUUUCAACUGUUUCACUAUUUCUUUAAAAGAACCCAUUUGAUGUAUUUAAAACUUUAAAUAUUAUAAUGAAACCAGGCAAUGUUUUGGUAAAAAAAAAAUUGAUUAGCGACGGUAAUCAGUUGAAAAUAGAGUAGCAACUGCUAUUUAUUAAGGUUUUGUAGAAUUGUAUAGCAAUCUGUGGAAUUCCUUGGGACAUUGUUUUAAACUCAAAAAAGUAGUUUGAGAUUGUUUUGAAUGUCUUUUCUCAGUGGUUCUGUUGACAUUUUCGGACAGUGUCAUGUGUGUUAUCGUAUGUCACGUGUGUUACCACCAACUCUGACUUGGAUUCCAAGGAGACUAUGGAUAAUUAUCCUUUAUUUUAGGCUGGUACAGGUAGACCAUCAUGUCACAUGUUUUACCAUGGAAUUGCCCAUAUAUGCUAUGUGGGAGUAUUUCUGUACAGGAUUUAACUUAAAACAAUUUUUUUCUAUUUGCCAAGACCUUCAGAAAAUGUCUAGGUAACACUUCCAUGUUAAGCCCAUAUAUCAUUUCCAGUUGGCCUUCAAAAGGCUUAAAUGACAAUAUUUGUUUUUCAUUGCAUUAAAUCGUACAUAAAUCAUAUUGAUUUAUUUUCAAGUCUUUGAGUGUUACUAACCAUGUGUAUUGGUAUCAUGUAUUGCCAUAAACCUGAGUUUUCAUUGAUGGUAGUACACACUUUUAGCUUCUCUUUACAAGUAAUUUUAAAUGACCUUGUUUCUGUAUUAUUUUUUCCUUCAGUUUUCAGAACAGUUUUAACCAUUGUCAGUACACUCUACACAAAUUUUAUAUUGUUUUUAACUGAUGCCAUUGUAAAACAUUUUUAACAGUCAAAUAAAAAUUAAAUCAAAAUAAGAUAUAUUACUAUUUUUAUUCACCUGUUCACAAUGUGGCAGUUUUUAUUCAGAAUAUUUCUGUUUGAUAUUCUCUCUAGUUUAAUUAUAGAUGUAAUUAUAUAUUUAACAGGCCUGACCCUGUUCUCAUUUUAUGUGUUCAUUACCACCAUUAUUUGUAAGAAUGGCAUAGUAGUUCCCUGUAGUUUUCAUAAGAUGGUCUAUUUUGUAUUAUAUGUGUAUGCUUUUAUUUGUGAAUAAAUCAUUGGAUAUA